UAUACACGAAAACGUCCUACAAACUUAAAUAAAAACCACAGCCGUAAAAUCACGAGCCCUAUCAUAGGAGCUCAUCUUCCUUUAUACGAUCUUAACAGCGUUAUAGCAUGCUAUUAAAUUGGAUUUUAUUACAUUGCUUAAAAAAGUCGUAUUUUGUCAAAUCUCAAUGUGAACGACUUCGUAUUUUAUACUAGGACUUAUUUGCACCUCUGUUCCUUUGUGUGACCAGCUAGCAAAAAGAAGGACGAUUUUUCAUACGAGUUGGAUUUUGGAAUAUAUUAAGAAAAUGAAGAUUACAUACUAUUAUCCCGCUGGAGAUGAGGAAACGUUCGAGAUGACAGAGGAGCAAAUUACAGUUGUGAGAGAUGUUUUCGAUAAUUACGUGGGAGAAGACGUGUAUCUUUCCGUCAAGAAACUUGGUGACAUCAUGAAAGACUUAGGCUACAAUCUCAAGAAACAGCAAAUCCGGUCCCUCAUGGAGACGUGUGACGCAGAUGGCAGUGGAACGCUGGACUUUGACGAGUUCUUGCCCUUAGUAGCGCACGAGAUGAAGAAGAAAGAAGACGAGAAAUUCUACUUUAAUCUGUUUAGGAUCCUCGACAAAAAGAAGAGGGGAUGGAUCGGUGUUAAUGACAUGAGGUACAUCCUAGAAGGAAUGUCAAAGGAGCUCGAACUUACCACUGAGGAGAUAGAUGACAUGAUAACUGAUAUCGACGAGGAUGGUAACGGACAAGUCAGCUUCCAAGAAUUCCUUACCCUGAUGACGUCAGAGUAAGAUAGCAGACGACAUUUGAUGCAAAUUCCAUUCGGGCACAUGCUGAUAUUAAAAGAUAGGACUGUUUUAUUGUAAGCAUGUACACAGCUGCAUGACAGUGGAUUUUGGACUAAGUUUAGAUGUUUAGAUUUCUCUGGAAAAUACUCGGAAUGCGUAUACUAUAGUGAACACAUUCAAAACGUAGGCUUAACUGCAAAAAUCAACUGAAUGAACUUCAGGAACUAUAUGGUGGUCCUGAAUUCACGGCUUGUGCAUCUGUUUACUAGAAUGGACAUGAACGAAGUCCAGUGCAUGGACUCAAUAACUGCCUCGUUUUCUGUUUAUUUGCAUCCUCCACUCGCGCUCAUUUGGACUGUUUUCCGUGACAGGCUAUCACAAGUCUGUUUCUACUUUAUCAUUCCACGCAUUUUCAAAAUGCGGGUAAUAGCCGGCCCAACCCAAAAUAUGUUCGUCAUAAGGAGUUGUUUGAAAAUUACCAUUUUGCAUGAUUCAGUUAUAUACUACAUGUUUGUUAUAAUAGAAACAUAUGCAGUUAAUCACAACCCCACAAGUGAUUAAUUUCAUGACGUCAAUGGGAGUCACAUCAU